AUGGUUGGGAAUAGGACAGCUAAUGGUGGGAAAGUACACAAUACUUUACUCUUAUCUGAACGGAUAUCAAUAUUGACAAUCAACACAAGCCCAAUUAAUAUUUGUUUAAUAAAUGGACACGCACCCACAGAAAUAAGAGAUGACAACGUGAAAGACGACUUUUGCGACAAAUUGACCGAAAUAUAUGAGAGUAUCACGGGAAAUGUAAUAAAGAUUAUAUUGGGUGACAUUAAUGUAAAGUGUAGACGGGAACAGCAAUAUUUCUCUUGCAUAGGAAAGAAAAGUUUGUAUAGUCACAGUAACGAUAAUGACCAACGAAUGAUAUCUUUCGCAACAUCAAAUGGAUUGACUGUCAGUAACACUACGUUCCCGCACAAAGAUAUUCAUAAAGCCACGUGGAGGUCACCGGAUGAGAAUAACCAUACACAGUGUAGAACUAGAAACUUUUUUAGAGUUAUUACACAGUUUAAGCAAUUCAAUCCAAACUGGAAUGCAAUUAGAGACCAAACCGGGCAAAUAUUAAUGAAGUCAGAGUCAAGAGCUGAGAGAUGGAAGGGAUAUUUUGCAAAAUUACUAAAUGGUAUAAUCAGCCAGUACCUACAGUACACCGAGUAUGAAAGAGUGGAGCCACACGUAGAGAAUGUUAGUCUAGAAGAAGUGAAAAUCUCAAUAUUUGGUCUGAAAAAUUGGAAAGCACCGGAUACCGACAAUAUUCCAGCAGAAUUCAUAAAAUACGGAGGCGAGGAGCUACACAUACAAAAUCUACAGAUUGUGUCAGCAAAUAUGGGCAGGAGAACGAAUAAUGGACAGUUGAAAUGA